AUGCGGACUACGUGUAUCGCAGAAGACAAAGAAGAACAAGCACAUUGGAACGAUAUCACUCAAUCGACUACCGAAAUUCCAAUAACCAUGGCAAGUCCGGCAAGACUUGAAGAGUUUGCCAACAAUCGCGCGAAGUUAGUCGCCGAUGAGAAGGAGUAUAGAGGGGAUCAUGAAUUCGUCAAAUCUCUUACACCUACUGCCCAGGCAGCUAGCAAAAUAGUUUCUCGUAUUCAAGAUUUCAACCGUCGGUUUCUUUUUGAUACUGGACGAAUGAAACAAAUGCCCCCCGAAUUUGGAUUUCUUUUCAUCAAAGAAGAUAUAGCAGGGACUGCUAUAUUCGAGAUCGUUAAGAAACUGCCAAAGGCCUGCGCGUCGAUCGAUUUCAUCAUUGACAAAAUGAUGGAAACACCGGGUAUGUAUAUUAGUGCCACAAGACCGUUGGACUCGCCGUGGGCCCAAAAGGAGAAGAAAAUUAAAUUAAAGUUUGUAUACAGCACUGCCCAGCCUCGCUUGACCAGAAGCGCAGUGAAAACUAUGUGGGAUACUGACUACGAACCCGAGUCGCUUGUGCCAGUUUCUCUCGCUGCAUCGACAUACAGCACUUAUGGUCCCACUGAUAAGGAUUGGCAGAACCCUUCCCGCCCCGGUGUGCAUCACCAAUCAGGUAAAACGGCUUUUGCCACCUGGCUAAGGAGUCGAUUAAUUGCUCAAAGAGCUCAGCGUUCAAUCGUAAGUGGAGGAAUGGGUGACACUGGAGGAGAGAGAAAGGUUUGCAAACAUGAUGAAAAAAAGAGGGAAAGAAUGGUGGGGUUGAGGAAUAUCUGGACGGGCUUAAGAUAUUGGAAAGAUGAAGACAUUAAAGCAGAUAUGGAAAAUUGUAUGCGCGUCAAAGAAAUCUAUCCUGAUCUGAUCUCGGGAUAUGAUAUUGUGGGGCAAGAAGAACUUGGUCGUACGCUCGAAGAUGUCACGCCUAUCAUGCUCUGGUUCAAGAAACAAUGCGAGCUCCGCAACUUGAAGAUUUCAUUCUUUCUACAUGCAGGAGAACGCUUGGGUGAUGGGGAUGUAAAUGAUGAUAAUCUUUGUGAUGCCAUUCUUCUCGGCGCUCGACGUAUCAGUCACGGAUAUUCACUUCCUAAACAUCCGUUGCUCGAGGAACUCUACCAAAAACAUCGCAUUAUGGUCGAGUCUUGUCCAAUGUCGAAUGACAGUUUGAGAACAAUCCGUUCUGCAAGUGCACAUACGGUCCCGAUGUUGUUGGCGAAAGGUGUGGGUGCCAGUUUGAACUGCCAUGAUUUGCAACUGUUGGGACAGGAAAUGUCGGGUGUUUCAAUGAAAUUUUUCAUGGCUAUCUGGGGGUGGAAUCUAAGUUUGGGGGGUUUGGGACAUCUGGCACAAAAUAGCGUGAGGUGGUCGCAAUUUGAAGAUCAGAAUGAUGAGGAUUGGCAAUUGGGGAUUCAAGAGGGUGAAAGUUCGCAGGAUGGAUUGAAGGGUAAGAGAAUGAGAGAAUGGAAAAAUUCCUGGGAAGAGUUUUGUGCUUGGAUCGUUGAGAGUUAUGAUAAGUCUUUUGGAAACGAAGCAGCUUACCAGACUUUAUUAAAAGAGAGGGAGGACUUGAAGAAGAAGCAAAAAGAAGAGGAAGAAAGAGAGGAAAGAGAAUGGCUUGAAAAAGUGGACGAGCUCGCGAAAAAUAGGACUGAGCGAAGAGCAGAGGUGAGAGAGAAAGAGAGAAGAAGAAGGAAAGUGUUACAAAGGGCCAAGGAAUUGAUAGCGGAAGAAAAGUUGCAAAAGAAUCUGGACAAAGACCAAAAACAAUGA